UCGAAAACACAUCAUCUUCGAUGUCUGGCGUUGACCGUAACUAGCAUGCGAACGUCGCAGAUGUGGCUUCCCAAGUCACUCACCUGCCUUCACAUCCAUUAUGACAGCAGUCUAACCGGUUUCCUGUCGAAAGCUUCGGAACCCAGAUGGCGUGAGGAUGAUAGGAACAUUGCUUCCAUUAUCUCAGGGACGUGCCCAAGCAACGUUUCUAGUCUAGCUAUGUCUAACGGGAUGCAAGUGGUGGUCUUGUCCUUCAUACACGAUCGCCUUCGGGCAGACGAUCAUGAUGUUCAUACGAGGCUUCAAAACGAUGCAUUCCCGAAUACACAUAAUGCAUGUUCUCUGGCGGGCGUUUCCUUGGUCUUUAGGACAUAUGCAUCAGCAUAUUUCGGCGUCCUAGCCGAAACCAACAAAUUUAUUGGUUAAAUGGUAAUAAAUCGCGGCUCCGCGGCCGUCUCAGCUGCGGUUCCUGGCUGCACCGCAUUAUCUUUCCGCCAAAGGCCUCUGUUUCUUGGCUUGGCACACAGAUUGCAUUGAAAACAAAUCCUGUACAUGGGAUUUGCCACGAAGAGACUGCGCGGGAGCCGUCGAUCCUCAAUGCAAAUCCUCGGUGCCAAGACGAAGACAACUCGGUAGAGGCAAUCCAUGUUGCGCAGCCAAAUACGCACCAUUUUAUUGGACAGCUAUCUCAGUCACUGCGUUAUGUUCGGCGUCCGACGCAGAAAUCAAUACUAUAACAUUUCAACAACUUUUUCUCUACUCCCGGAUGUAUUGUCACUUAUCCGUAUAAAAAGGGAUCCAAUGCAGCCCAUGUAGACCAUCAAGUAAACGUUCUUUUCCUCACCUCAAUAGUUCAAACAAAAGCUCAACAGACAUGGUCAACCUCGCUUCUCUCUCCGCUCUCGUCACUAUCCUCUCCGCUACUGCCGCAGUCGCCCAUCCGCAUUCGCUCUCCAAGGCCGAGCUGGCUAGGCGCAAUGAGUUUCAGAUCAUUGCUCGCCGUUCGCUUGCCGGAUGCCAGUCCAAGCUGAGGGCACGUGGUGGUGUUGCAGAACGUGCAAUCGCUCGUCGCAAGGCCUUUGCGGAGAAGGCACGUAAAGCGCGUGGUCUUGAUACGGACCGAUCGUUCGUCGGCAAGCGCGACUUGGACACGGUUCUCAAUACAUCCCACAAGUCCAAUACCACUGGCCUUACUGCAGACUCUGAUCCGUUCGAUGGCAAUAGCUCGUGUGUCCUCGGACCAGAAGUCACUCAGGGCCCUUAUCUUGUUGACGGAGAGCUCAUCCGUUCAAAUAUCACGGAAGACCAGAGUGGUAUUCCAUUAUAUGCCGAUAUCGAACUCAUUGAUGUGGAGACCUGUGAACCGGUCUCUGGCCUGUAUAUGGAUUUCUGGCAUGCCAACGCGACUGGUGUGUAUUCCGGUGUCGUUGCAAACGGCAAUGGCGUCGGUACAAAUGAUGCCACCAACAUCAACACAACGUUCCUGCGAGGUAUUCAACAGACAUCCGAUGAGGGUUAUGCUCAAUUCGUCACCAUCUUCCCCGGCCACUACACAUCUCGUGCAACGCAUAUCCACGUCAUGGUCCACCAAACCGACGGUACUUUGAACGACAACAGCACCUACACAGGCGGCACGGUCUCGCACGUCGGCCAAGUCUUCUUCGAUCAGGACCUUAUCAGCCAGGUCGAAGCGACGUCUCCGUAUAGUACGAAUACGCAGGACCUGACGGAGAACACGGACGACUCGAUCUUAUCGGAAGAAGCGGAUGUCAUUGACCCGGUUAUGGAGUAUGUUCUCCUCGGCGACGAUAUUACGGACGGGAUCCUUGCGUGGAGCUCGCUCGGAAUCAACACGACUGCAUCUUACGAUGUCUCUCCUGCAGUAUACUACACGGAAAAUGGUGGUGUUGAGAAUCCUGACAGCGGUGCGCCUGGCGGUGGUAGCGCUCCAAGCGGCAGUGGUGCACCUCCGAGUGCUUCUGCUUCUGCUUCUGCUUCUGCUUAAGCGAUUACCUCGAGACGAGAACAUGCGAAGGAAGGAGGUCAAGAUAUACCACAAUAAGAAGGUUUGGAUAAUUAAUUUGUAACUGCAGUUGUACUCCUAGUGUAAGUUGGUAGCGUAAUUGAUAAUGUCACUGG